AUGGGUAACACUAGUUCCAGACCAUCUUCGAGAAAGAAAAAAUCCGGAAAUGAAACCACACCAGCCUUCACACGCACAGAUACUGCCCAAUCAGGGAAAUCCGUGAAGUCUUCACGAUCUGGUAAAUCCAAGCGAUCGCAGUCGUCAUCCGGUUUGCCCACAACAGCCAACUCCGAAACCAACUUGGACGUAGAGCCCGAAACUCUCAAAGCCACCGCGUCCUUUUCCAGACGAAAUAGUGCCAUCUCUGGAUCACAACCGCCUCUGUCACAACGAGGCAGUAGCAGUAGUGUCGGAAACACUUACAACAAAUUCCAACCUCAGCUGUUAAGCGGGGACUUACCACCGUCAAUGAUACAAAUGGAACCCAAAUCUCCAAUUUUGAAAAAUUCCAGUACCGUGGCAACUUUAGUGGGUGGGAAUAGUACCACUUAUCAUGAAAGCGCUAUAACGGAUGACGAAAACGACGAAAACGAGUCUCAUAAUCAUCAUCAACAUCAUCGGCGUAGAAGCAACGACUCCAGACGAUAUUCUUCUCAAAAAUCGCCAUCGGCUGCAAGCAGAAGUAAUAGUGCUGCUUCGUCUCGAAGAAAUGGCUCGCAUCUUGACAUUCCUGAAAACUCCACCAUCGUACAGCCGACCCGCACUUCGUCUCAUUCAUCCGCGGGCAAUCACAGUCGAAAGUCCUCUUUCAGUAGCUCGAUGGGCAACACUGCAUAUAGUACCCCCAUGAACUCUCCCGGAGUUUUCAAAAAUUCUCCAGAUGGGUACUUUUCCGAAAAAAAAUCUGCAGAUUCUCAUACCGAAAGUUCUUCCGGGCUACGUUCCAGAAACUCGGUCGAAGAAUAUCCUCACGACGUUUCCCAUAGUGUCGAUGUCGAUGAUGACACCAAUACUUCCAUCAAGACCGCUAAACGGAAAAAAUCUAUAAGACCCAUCGAUAUCGAUGAAACUAUUCAAAAACUUUUAGAUGCUGGCUAUUCUGGCAAACGUACCAAAAACGUUUGUUUGAAAAAUUCUGAAAUUGCUCAGAUCUGCAAUCAAGUGCGCGAGAUUUUCUUGUCGCAACCGUCCUUAUUGGAACUUUCUCCACCGGUCAAGAUAGUCGGAGAUGUGCAUGGUCAGUACGCAGAUCUGUUAAGACUGUUUACGAAAUGUGGCUUCCCGCCAGCGGCAAAUUAUUUAUUAUUGGGUGACUAUGUCGAUAGGGGCAAACAAUCUUUGGAAACCAUUCUCUUAUUACUGUGUUACAAGAUCAAAUAUCCAGAGAAUUUUUUCUUAUUAAGAGGCAAUCACGAAUGUGCCAAUGUUACAAGGGUUUACGGUUUUUACGAUGAAUGCAAGCGUCGAUGCAACAUUAAAACCUGGAAAAUUUUUAUCGACACUUUCAAUACUUUACCCUUGGCCGCUAUUGUGGCCGGUAAAAUCUUCUGCGUUCACGGAGGUUUGUCUCCUGUGUUGAAUUCUAUGGACGAGAUUCGACAUGUUAGUAGACCUACAGACGUACCUGAUUUCGGUUUAAUCAAUGAUCUGUUGUGGUCGGAUCCUACCGAUUCACCGAAUGAAUGGGAAGAUAACGAGCGUGGUGUAAGUUAUUGUUACAACAAAGUCGCCAUCAAUAAAUUUUUAAACAAAUUCGGUUUCGAUUUGGUGUGCAGGGCACAUAUGGUGGUGGAAGAUGGGUACGAAUUUUUUAACGAUAGGAGUUUGGUCACCGUUUUCUCUGCUCCAAAUUACUGUGGUGAAUUCGAUAAUUGGGGGGCCGUGAUGAGCGUUAGUGAAGGUUUACUUUGCAGUUUCGAACUGCUGGAUCCUUUAGACAGCGCUGCUAUCAAACAAGUCAUGAAAAAGGGUAGACAAGAAAGGAAACUGGCUAAUCAGCUAACUCAAGAAUGA